AUGGCAGGGGAGGCAAAGAAAAGGGCACAUUUCGUGCUUGUCCACGGAGCCUGCCACGGAGCUUGGUCCUGGUUCAAGCUCAAGCCUCUGCUGGAAUCCGCAGGCCACCGCGUCACCGCCCUCGACAUGGCGGCUUCAGGGAUCAACGGCAAGGCGAUCGGACAAGUCCCCACUUUCCGUGACUACACGCAGCCCCUGCUCGACGCUCUGGCCCGUGUCGACGAGAAGGUAAUUGUCGUUGGGCACAGCUUCGGCGGCAUGAAUUGCGCCCUGGCGAUGGAGAUUUUCCCUCAAAAGAUUGCUGCCGCAGUUUUCUUGUCGGCUUUCAUGCCCGACACGCUCCAUCCCCCGUCGUUCGUCAUCGAUCAGUGUUUUGCAAGAGCUCCACCAGGGGCGUGGCUGGACACUGAAUUCGCACCAACAAACAGCAGCUCGCAAUCCGAUUUCCUGACCAUUCUGUUUGGGCCUGAAUUCCUCUGUUCCAGGCUCUACCAACUCUGUUCCAAAGAGGAUAUGGAGCUGGCGAAGGCACUGGCGAGGCCGAGCUCCCUCUUCCUGCACGAUCUCGGAAAAGCAGAGAAGUUUACAGAGGAAGGGUAUGGUUCAGUGAGCAGAGUCUAUGUGAUUUGCAACGAGGAUCGAGGGAUGGAAGAGGAGUUCCAGCGAUGGAUGAUUCAGAAUUACGUUGUGGAAGAAGUGGUGGAGAUUAAGGAAUCGGAUCAUAUGGCGAUGCUCUGUGAACCCAUAAAGCUCUUCGAUUGCCUUUCUAAGGUAGCAGAUAAUUACUCUUUAGAUUGGUAG